AUGCCUCUUGAGGGUUUACAUUUAAUUCUCUGUAUAGAGAAUGAGCUCCGCAGAUCUAAUCUUUUGGACGCUGCAGAAUCUAAAGUCAGUGCUCAUGUGUCUACAAGCAAUGCCAAGGACCUUGACCCGUUUCACGAUUUAGUCUCUCGGACUCCUGAUUUUCUUUCCCUUGCUAUCAAUUUUGUGCUUGGUGAACUUGACUGGGACCCGUCGGAUAGCCGGCUCUUUUCUGUAUCCGGCUGCAAGCGAGUCCAUGAGAAAAUCCAUUUCUUUCUGGAACAGAUGCUCGACUCCGAAAACUACGGAAGGACUGAGCUAUGA